AUGCUCUUGGGUAUGCUCGCGCAGCAACAGCAGCUCAUUCGAGAGCAACAACAAGACAUGGCGAGCCUUAAAACGAACAUGAAAGCCAUCUUAGACGCUCUAACGGACCGGCUCGAGGAGUGCAGGAUCGCCGAGAACGUAGACGCCCGCGACAGGAAGCAAGUGUGUACCGAAAUUCGUGAGAAGAGGGAGGCCCAGGCUGCGGGCGAAAUGCUCAUCGUGGCUGGACCCGAGAAUACCGUCAACAAGGAAGUCGACGGGCUUACAGCGACCGGCCACCGCCAAGAAGCCGUGCUGACUCGGAGCGAGCUGCCGAACCCCGCCACCCACAUCAGAACGUUCGAGCUGACGUGGGAGCUGUUAACGGCAACGAGCGAGUUGGAGCUGGAGACCGACCACAAUCAGUUCGUCCUUCUGGACGAGCAAAGCGACUUCCACGUGUCAAACCUUCCCAAGUACUCGUGA